CAGCAGUUAGAUGACGGUUGGUGUCGUGUGUGACCUUUCCCCAUCUCACAGAAACUGCACGCAGUCGCAAGUAAAUGGAGGACCAAUGGUCCCGCGAUGGUGCAUCUCAAGACACAGCUUGAGAAACACUUUCAUCCGAAGUCCUGUUCAUGUCACUCACUAACAUUUAGCGACAUGAUGUACGAAGCAUGCCAGAUUUGAUCUGAGUCGAUUAUCGAACGGAUUGUAAUCAUAGUUGCACACAUGCGUGCUGCGAUUACCUGGCAGAGACGUAAACAUUAGUACAGACGCAGAGGACUCGAAGUGCUCGCCAAGGUCACAUCUUAUGCUAUAAAAUUCCGCAAUCAGCUCAGCAAAUGUGACUGUAACACACUUCAGAGGAAAUUUGCUCUGCUGCCCGUCCAAGAAAAAGAGUUCAAAUUAUGCUUGAUUCGACGGGAGGAACACUCUCUACGCAGUGAUAAGCACUGAGGUGAUAAUCGUCUGAAGAAAUGGAGGCCAACGAUUUUGAUGAAAGAACAAUGGCGAUGUUGCUUCCUACGCAGUACGUGAGCCAAAUUGCGAGCGUUGCUGUGCUGCUCGUAAUUCUGCACACAAUGAAGAGGUUUAUGAGCAAGAGACGCUCGCGACUUCCACCAUCGCCGCCAGGAUUACCAAUUAUCGGCCACCUUCAUCUUACCAAGAAGAGCAAUCACCGUGCCUUGAGGGAUCUGGCCGACAAAUAUGGUCCUAUCAUGACGGUCAGACUGGGGGCAGUUCGCGCAGUAAUUGUUUCCUCCUCAGCUAUGGCCAAAGUCAUCUUGAAAACUCAAGACCAUGUCUUCGGUUCGCGCGCUCAAUGUACUGCCCUUGGAAUUCUAUUUGGAUAUCAAAACUCGGACGUAGUCAUGGGAGCUAUGGGAGAACGCUGGCGUUUCCUACGUAAGAUUUGUGCUCAGGAACUUUUCUCCCCCAAACGUGUCGAACUAUCUACGGAAACAAGGAGAAGAGAAAUGUUAAGCACAGUGGAACACUUAUUUGAAGCGGGUCGGGAUGGAGAUGCCGUGCAACUAGAUAUAAAUUUAAGAGAGAUGGGGUGCAAUAUCAUAACCCAGGAGCUUUUCGCCCGAAGCUUCUACAACCAAAGGAACACGAAUGCAAAAGCCAGUCUAGAGGCAGAGGACUUCAGUCAAAUGAGCAGGGACUUUUCUGAGUUGGGUGGCAUGGUUCUGUACGAAUGCAUCCCCUUCCUACGCAGAUUCGACUUAGACGGAAGCCAGGCGAGAAUGAGAAGCCUUUUCUUCAGAUAUGAUCGAUUCUUGAACAACAUCAUAGAAGAGCAUCGCCAAGAGGAUGCAAGUCAAAGCACAACAGCCAAAGACUUUGUGGAUGUGCUACUCCAACUGCAAAAGGACAAUAAUCGCCUGCUCACGGACGACUGCAUUAAGGGUGUACUGAUGGACAUGUUGAUAGCAGGGGUGGACACGAGUAUGAGUACGGUCGUAUGGGCAUUAACAGAGCUGAUGCGACACCCAGAAACUUACCGCAAGGCACAGCAGGAACUGGAUCUUAUUGUGGGCAGAGAUCGAUUGGUACAAGAAUCGGACUUCGUACACCUCAAGUACCUGCAGGCAGUUCUCAAAGAAACGUUCCGCUUACACCCUGUGGUACCGCUGAUGAUUCCUCACGAAUCUCUGUCGGCCACGAAUGUCGGCGGGUACGAUAUUCCGGAGAAGACUCGAGUGAUCAUCAACGUCUACGCGCUGGGCAGAGAUCCCAGCGUGUGGAAGAACCCGCUGGACUUCGAUCCGGAAAGAUUCGUCGAUAGUCCAAUGGACGUCAAAGGCCAGGACUUCGAUCUCAUUCCUUUCGGGUCAGGUCGCAGAAUAUGUGCUGGGAUCAAUUUGGCCCUCGUUGUAGUGUCCAUGACCGCAGCUCAACUUCUCCACUCUUGUGAAUUUUCUCUUCCGGCAGGAAUGAAACCUCUGGACAUAGACGUGGAGGAGGUGGUCGGGGAAUCCGCACCGAAACUUAAUCCCCUUCAACUCCUCGUGAGGCCACGCUUACCGCUACAUGUGUACCGGGAAGCUGGUCUCGACCUUUAGUUAGCUGCGAAGCAAUGACCAUUUGUGUACGUUUCUGGUGACAAUACGGUUAGGAAAGGAAACGAAUCGAGAGAUAAUUCGGCGCUAAUGUCCACGAUUGUGAUCUACGUUUCCGAAGUCUCUUGGCCUCUCCUUAAGUUCAUGUUGUAUAUAACACUAAUUCGCUGCAGUAAAAAACUUCAUGUAUAGAAUUUGUAGCUACAAUUCCUGUUGAACCAUGGGAAGAAGACAAGCAACGUUAUGGUUGUCACAAAAUUGAUAUAGAGACACUACUAACAAAGUAGUUGUGUGCAAGCGAAGCGUAUGCAGUAGUAAGAGCCAUCGAAGGGUGGAUAUUUUGAAGUUUAGCCCAUUGAAUGAGACUGUGGUGAAACAUUCGCAGGUGAAUUCGGAACUUUAGAAUCCGAACAUUUUCAUAUUCGAUCUUCUUGUAUUAUGAACAAAAUAUGCUUGUUAUAUUUUGAGAGUACAAUGAAACUGUUGUUGUGUAAUUGUCUUGUCGAUCUUGUAUCGAUGGCAUUUGAUAAAAAAAGAAGUAUUCCAUGUUGUGAUACGAUGUGUAUAUAAUUUAUAGGGUUUUCCAAAACUUUAUUUUCCUAUAAAAAUAUUUUUUUAGAACGCUGAAAAUAAUCGGAUCAACUUAUUUGAUAUACGUUGUAAUAGAUAUAGAUUAAAGUUGAGAAGUAUCAACAA